AUGGCUCCCUAUCUCGGCCUCCGUGGCUCUGCCCUGAGCCGAGCAAUUAUCUGGCUAGUUGUCUGCCCGGCUUUCUUUUGCUAUGGCUACAACUUGAGUGUUGCCGGCGGCCUGUUGACGCUGGAUUCGUUCAUCAAGACGUUUCCCCAGCUUGACACAAUCACCACCGACGGAGAGCAGCAGCAUUACAACUCUACCAUUCAGGGAACUGUCGUCGCGCUCUUCACCGUCGGUGGCAUGUUUGGGUCGCUCUCUUGCAUUUACCUUGGAGACAAGCUAGGUCGAAGACGAGUCAUUUUUCUGGCGUCUGCCAUUACCGCGGUUGGCGCCGCCCUGAUGGCCUCGUCCUUUAGCCUCGCCCAAUUCAUCGUCGCACGGCUGGUUCUAGGUCUGGGAACCGGCGGAUAUCUGGCCACGGUGCCAGUGUGGCAGUCUGAAAUCUCUAAGCCAGCCAAGCGCGGAGCACACGUUGUCACUGAUGGCAUCUUCCUCGGCGCGGGCGCGUCGAUAGCCCUGUGGAUCGACUUUGGCUUUUACUUUGUGAAGACGAGCUCCAUUUCGUGGCGGUUUCCCCUCGGAAUCCAGAUUGCGUUUUUGCUCACAAUCAUGGUCUUCGUCUCCGUCUUUCCAGAGUCUCCUCGGUGGCUGGUCAAGCAAGGACGGCAGGACGAGGCCAGGGAGAUUCUCGCCGCUCUCAACGACACGUCCCCAGACGACGAAAGCAUCAGCGACGAUAUUCGGGAUAUCGAGCUCUCUCUGUCGAUUUGUGGAACAAUGUCCUGGAGGGCCAUGUUGACAAACGGCUCACAGCGCAUGUUUCACCGAACGGUGCUCGCGGCAACAGGCCAAAUGUUUCAGCAAAUGUGCGGCAUCAACCUCAUCUCCAUGUAUGCCACCACCAUCUUUGAACAGUACCUCGAGAUGAGCCCAAUCAACUCGCGCAUCCUCGCGGCAGCCAUGUGCAUGACCCAGCCCCUUGGUGGCUACCUGGCCUUCUUCACCAUUGAUCGCCUGGGACGCCGCGUUCUCAUGCUUUGGAGCGCCGCCGGUAUGGCCGUCUCCAUGGCGAUUCUGUCGGGCACGACCUCUGCCAAGGGCAACACGGGAGCCCUCGUCGUGGCAGUCAUUUUCCUCUUCGUCUUUCAAUUCAUCUUCACCGUGGGCUAUUCCGGCCUGACCUUUCUCUACGCCACAGAAGUCGCGCCGUUGCAGCUCCGAGCGGCCAUCAGCGCCGUGUCGACGGCCGCGGUCUGGAUCUUUAACUUUUUGCUGGCCGAAGUCACGCCCAUUGGGUUCAACACAAUCAGUUAUCGGUAUUAUAUCGUUUUCGCCGUUCUCAAUGCGGCAAUUGUUCCGACCGUGUACUUUUUCUUUCCCGAAACCAGCGGUCGCUCUCUCGAGGAGAUUGAUGAAAUCUUCCUCAAGUCAAAGAGCAUUUGGGAUCCUCCCAAGAUUGCCCGGUCCUUGCCUCACAUCCACGGGGCGACGAACGAGACGACAUCGGCGGAUGCCAAGGGAACUGUAGAGCAUAGGUCAUAA